AUGGCGUGGUCCGGCUGCCUGUCCCGGCUCCAGGUGCUGGCGGCCGCCUUGGCCGCCUGCUGUGGGCUGGGGGCCGCCUCCCUCGCCCGGUGCCGGCCGGCGCGCCGCCUCCGCCACUACCUCGCCAAGGUGCUCAUGGCCCUGGCCGGGCCCCUGGUGUUCCGCAUCGGGUACAGCCUGUACGCCCGCACCAAGCUGGGCUACCUCUUCUACAAGCGGCAGAUGAAGAAAGCCCGGGAGCGAUAUCCACAUGGCCACUCGAUCCCCCAGCCCAUGAUGUUCAAUGGGGUAAAGAUCCUGCCGAUCCCUGUGUUAUCCAACAACUACAGCUACCUGGUCAUCGACACCCACUCCAACACUGCUGCCGCAAUCGACCCCUCAGACCCGCUGGCCGUGCAGGCAGCCAUCGAGCAGGAGGGGGUGACACUGGAGGCCAUCCUGUGCACCCACAAACACUGGGAUCACAGCGGAGGGAACAUAGCGCUGAGACGGCGUUACGGCUCCUGCAGGGUGUACGGCAGUGCCUGUGAUGCCAUCCCUGAGCUCACCAACCCCCUCUCGGAUAAGGAGACCGUCACCGUGGGACAGCUGUGUUUCAAGGCUCUCUUCACCCCGGGGCACACCGUGGGGCACAUGGUCUACCUGCUGGACGGGAAGCCCUUCGAGGGGCCGGCCUGCCUCUUCUCUGGAGACCUCCUCUUCCUCUCAGGCUGCGGGCGGAUAUUCGAGGGGACGCCGGAAACCAUGCUGGCCUCGCUGGACACCGCUGCGGACCUGGCAGAGGACACGCUGCUCUGGCCAGGACACGAGUAUGCCCUGGACUGCCUGACGUUUGCCAGCCUGCUGGAGCUGGAGAACCCCGUGCUGGAGCAGAAGCUGCAGUGGGCGAAUCAGCAGCGGCUGGAGAAGAGGAGCACAUGCCCCUCCACCAUCGGCGAGGAGAAGGAAUACAAUCCGUUCCUGCGGACCCACUGCUGGGAGCUGCACCGGGCCCUGGGGCUGCAGCGGCUGAGAGGCGAGGACUGGGACAGCUUCCGGGCGCGGGUGUUGAAGGAGGUGCGGCACCGAAAGGACCUCUACAAAGCCAACUAG